CAGCAGAGACCCACAGGGAAGAAAUCUCACUGCUGCUCUGACUGUGGGAAAAGAUUCAACUCUUCAGUAAAACUUAAAAUACAUCAAAGAAUUCACACUGGAGAGAAACCAUAUAGCUGUAUUCAAUGUGGGAAGGGUUUUUCUACAUCUCGCUAUCUAACUAUACACCAGAGAACACACACAGGAGAGAAACCAUACAGCUGUAAUCAAUGUGGGAAGAGUUUUAUUCGGCAACAAACCCUGAAAUCACACCAGAGAAUACACACUGGAGAGAAACCUUAUAGCUGUAGUCAAUGUGGAAAGAGUUUUUCUACAUCUAGCUAUGUAACUAUUCACCAGAGAACACACACAGGAGAGAAACCUUAUAGCUGUAAUCAAUGUGGGAAGAGUUUUACUUGGCCAGACAGCCUGAUAGUACACCAGAGAACACACACAGGAGCGAAUUCUUAUAGCUGUAGUCAAUGUGGGAAGAGUUUUACUCGGCCAGACAGCCUGAUAGUACACCAGAGAACACACACAGGAGAGAAAUCUUAUAGCUGUAGUCAAUGUGGGAAGAGUUUUACUCGGCCAUACAACCUGAUAGUACAUCAGAGAACACACACAGGAGAGAAACCUUAUAGCUGUGAUCAAUGUGGGAAGAGUUUUACUACAUCUAGCCAGCUGACUUUGCACCAGAGAACACACACAGGAGAGAAAUUGUAUAGCUGUAAUCAAUGUGGGAAGAGUUUUACUAGAUCUAGCUAUCUAACUGUACACCAGAGAACACACACAGGAACGAAUCCUUGCUGUGAUCAAUGUGGGAAGAGAUACUCUGAUAAAAGAUCUCUGAUCAAACAUCAGAAAAUACAUACAUGAAGGAGUUGUUUCCUGACAUCAAUGAAAUGAUGUCACAAUGUAGAAUGUUUAAACAUUGUAGCAGCAUUAUUUUAGUGAUGUCAGAAUGUAGAACCCUAAACGUUUGCCCCCUGUUCUGUUGAUAUUAGCCUCUGGGGAAAGAUCCAGGCUCUGAAUUGAAUUUAAUGAAAAGUGACUAACAAAAGAAGAAUUGUGUUACACUUACCACGUUGGUGACCCACUUGAAUCAAAAUGCAACACCUCAAAAUGUAGCUAGCUGUUUUCUACAGAUUGUCCUCUAACCAGUGAUGUACACAUUAUUCCCAGAUUCCGUGUGGUCUUUGAGCUGUACAGUCGUGGCCAAAAGUUUUG